AUGAAGUGCACCGUCCUGAGCGUUCUUGUCGGCGUCACCGCCGUUGCCGCAGCCCCCAGGGACUAUUCCAGCCUCGAGGCUCGUCAACUUGGAAUAGUUGCCAACGACGUCAAGGAUGGUAACUGCAAACCGGUCACUUUCAUCAUGGCCCGUGGCUCCACCGAGACCUCGAACAUGGGCACCAUCGUCGGCCCACCAACAUGCGCAGCACUCAAGGCCAACCUCGGCGCCGACCAGGUGGCCUGCCAGGGCAUAGGCACAGAGGACGGCUACGCAGCCGGCCUGGCGCCCAACUUCCAGCCCAAGAACACCGACGCCCAGUCCAUCAAGGCCGCGCUCGACAUCAUGGACCUCACCAUGUCCAAGUGCCCGGACACGACCGUCGUCAUGGGCGGCUACAGCCAGGGCUCCGCCGUCAUCGACAACGCCAUCCAGGCGAUGCCCGCCGCGCAGCAGGCCAAGGUCGCCGGCGUCGUCGUCUGGGGCUUCACCCGCGCCGCGCAGGACAACCGCCAGAUCCCCGGGUACCCCGCCGCCCAGACCAAGGUCUUUUGCGCCCCGGGCGAUCUCGUCUGCAACAACACCCUCACCAUCACCGCGGCCCACCUGUCGUACGGCGUCAACGCCCCCGAGUCCGGGGCCUUCCUCGCCCAGAUGGCCAAGAAGGCCAUGGCUAGCGGAGGAGCUGCCGCGGGUGCCGCCGCGGGCGGUGCGGCCGGGGCUGCCGCAGGUGGUGCUGCCGGAGGGGCUGCCGGGGCCGCGGCCGGAGGGGCUGCCGGGGCUGCGGGCGGUGCGGCUGGAGGGGCUGCAGGCGGUGCGGCCCCUGGCUUCGGUGGCCUCUUUGGCGGACUCUUCGGCAAGUAA